AUGAGUUCUUUGAGUUCAGAAUUGAAAGCCAAAGAAAUUUUCAAUCAAUUUGCAACAGUUGGUGCAAAUGAAGAGAAAAUCAUUACUUUACCUGAUUUUGUUAAUGUUUUAUCUCCAUUUACUACUGAUAUCCCUAAGCAAGCAUUUUCACUUUUAUAUUUGAUUGCUGAUGCUGAAAAAAAAGGGUUUGUUACUGAAGAUAAUUGGUUGAAAUUUGUUAACACUUUGACUUCACCUGAUGGUGAAUAUAAAUUAUUAUAUCAAUUUCUUUCUGGUCAACAAAACACAAAUUCUAAAAUCACUUAUUCACAAUGUAUUGAUAUUUUGAAUAAAAUUAAUUCAUCAAUAGAUUCAAAUUAUCAACAAAAACUUAUAAAAUUGAAUUGGAUUUAUUUCCCCAAAUUUUUUGAACCUAAUGGUUCCAUUGAAUUUAAUGAUUUUGUCACUUUAAUUAGUUAUUUACCCGUAACCAAAUUAAUUGGGAAUUUUGAAAUUGCUGCUUCAAAAACCAAAACAGUUAAUGGUGAAGAAUUGGUUAGAUUAUUAUCAACAAAUUUAAAUCAUAAACUUUCCAAUAAAUUGAAAAUUAAUUUACAUAAUGUUACUGAUUUUUUCGGUAAACAACAAGAUUAUACUUUAUCUAAUUUAUUAUUUAUUUAUGAUGCUUUGAGUAAAGUUGAUUUGAUCAAUGAAGUCAUUGUCAAUACUCCACCAACUACUAAAGAUAAAGAUGAUAUUUUAAUCAAUAAAACCGAUUUAUAUAAUCAUUUGAAUGAUCCAUUAUUAAAAUCUGCCAAUUUUAAACCAGUUUCAAGAUUAGAACUUGAUUUAUUAUUUUAUUUAAUUAAUAAAAAAACUGAUGAAGAUAUUCCUAGAAGAGAAUUAGUAUCAUUUUUAAAUCCAAAUUUUAAUAAUAAUUUAAAUACUUUAUCACCAAUUUUUGAACAUUCCCAAAGUAAACAUUCAACUAUUGAAGCUGGAGAUAAUUUUUCUUUAUGGCCACUUUAUGAUUCAUUAUAUUCAUUUUUCUUAGGAUCAAUUGCUGGAUGUAUUGGUGCCACAGCAGUUUAUCCAAUUGAUUUGGUUAAAACUAGAAUGCAAGCACAAAAGCAUAAUGCUUUGUAUGAUAAUUCAUUAGAUUGUUUUAAAAAAAUUUUACAAAAGGAAGGAUUUAAAGGAUUAUAUUCUGGAUUAGGUGCUCAAUUAGUUGGAGUUGCUCCAGAAAAAGCCAUUAAAUUAACUGUUAAUGAUUUAGUUCGUGGGAUUGGUAGUAAUGAAGAUGGUAGUAUUACUAUGAAAUGGGAAAUUUUAGCAGGUCUGACUGCUGGUGGAUGUCAAGUUAUUUUCACUAAUCCAUUAGAAAUUGUUAAAAUUAGAUUACAAAUGCAAGGUAAUACAAAAAAUUUAAGUAAACCUGGAGAAAUUCCUCAUAAACAUUUAAAUGCUAGUCAAAUCAUUAGACAAUUAGGUUUAAGAGGAUUAUAUAAAGGAGCAAGUGCAUGUCUUUUAAGAGAUGUACCAUUUUCAGCAAUUUAUUUCCCAACUUAUGCUAAUUUGAAAAAACAUAUGUUUGGAUUUGAUCCAAAUGAUCAAUCUAAACAUAAAAAACUUUCUACUUGGCAAUUAUUAAUUGCUGGUGCUUUAGCUGGUGCACCAGCAGCUUUUUUCACUACACCAGCUGAUGUUAUUAAAACUAGAUUACAAGUUGCUGGUAAAAAAAAUGACAUUAAAUAUAAAGGGAUUUUAGAUUGUGGAGCAUCAAUUUUAAAAUAUGAAGGAUUAAGUGCUUUUUUCAAAGGUUCAUUAGCAAGAGUUUUCCGAUCAUCACCACAAUUUGGUUUUACUUUAGCAUCAUAUGAAUUAUUACAAAAUUUAUUCCCAUUACAUCCUCCAUUAACUCGUGAAUCUAGUUUUAAAGGUAUUAGUGGAUAUCCUGGAGUUUAUAAUUUGACUAAUGAUCAAGUUUAUAAUUCUCAAGAAAAAAAUGAAAGAUUAAUAUUAAUGAAUAAAUCUGAAUUAUCUCCAACAAUUGAUAUCACCACCACUACUGCUACUAAUGUUAAUGAUGCUUUAGUUAAAUUACCAGCUGAAUAUAUUUAUAAAUCUCAAGAUGCCGUUAAAUUAUUAUUGGAUAUUGAUUAUAAAUUUGGUAAUUUCAAUUAUGAUUCUUAUGUUAAUUAUAUUAAAAAGAAAUAG